GAAUGGCUCAGUAGUCGGCGAGCCGUGCUGGACUUCGGACGUCGGGCGUAACGCCGAGCUUUACCACUUGUUCGCGGCCCUGGCGAAAAAACCGCGCUUCGCGGACAAAUAAAAACAACCAGCCUCGUAAAAUUCCAUCAACCACGUCAAUCGCGAAUCAUAAACUGCGCCAAAUCAAUGAACGUUCAGGAUAUAUCCCAUAGAAUCGCUCGAGUUUUUCGUUAAUUACUCGUUAUCGAACCUUUCCAAAGUUCUACGUAGAACAAAAAUUAGAAGCGACAACAGAAAUGAACAAAGAACAACGAUCGAAUUAGGGUUCGAAAUUCGUAACUUAUUCGUGAAAGGCUUACGUUUCAAGGUUUUGCGGGAACGAUGUUUCGAAGAGUUGAAAAGUUGUGAGACAAUCUUUCGAGAAAGUGAUCGAUACGUAAGAUGGAUGAUCGAGAACCGAUGUAAUAAAGAUCGCGGUAUUCGAUAGAUGGUUUGUUUACAGUGUAGCGUCAGUGAUCUAGCAACUAGUGGCGCGGUGUAAACAGUGCUCAUUACCCUGCAUUCAAUCGACUAAUUGAAACAAUCGAUUCGUUCGGUGUCCAUGACACAGGUUCGUUUAUCCUCGAACUUGAACCACGGUUCCUAAGGUUUUCGCUACCAGAGUCUCCAUUCGAUAAUCAAAGAACAAUUUGAUAUAUCAGAAUAAUGAGAUAAGCGCGUGAUAAUCGAUGAACGUGGAAAAUCGUGUGUUCGGUUAAACAAUUUUGUCGAGUGUCGAGCGAACAACGAUUCGUAAGUUUUGUGCGUGGUCUUUCAUUGUUUGCUAGGCCUCUGUGGCCAAGAAGAGAACGGAAAUAUGGCUGAGAACGAGAGACACGUGGAAGCAGAAAUCACGGAGCUGUCGUCGGAUUCUGUGGAACAUCGGGUGUCUCUUUACCCCAUUACGAUGGAGAAGAAAAGGCACGUCGUGGAAACGAUCGCAGAGUCUGCAGUGCGAGAUCCGUGCAAAAAGGAAACAACACACGCGUUGGAGAAUCGAGCUCAAAGGUUACAGCAGACCCAAUCGUUGCCACAGCUACAGCCUACCGACACGCAAGACAGAAAAAUGGACAACCCGAGUGACAACGCAUCGGACGCGAUUAGUAGUCAAAGGGUAUAUAAGAAAUCAUCACCGAACAACAAGCUGACCCUCUACUUGGCGAGCAGAGAUCUGAUCGUGAGCGAGUUGAAAAUCGAUAAACUACAGGGCGUACUAUUGGUCGAUCCUGAAUUUUUGCAAGAGAAAAGGGUGUACGGGCAAAUUACGUUGACUUUUCGCUACGGGAGGGAAGACGAAGAGGUAAUGGGACUGAAAUUCUGUAACGAGGCGGUUAUGUGUCUAGCGCAACUUUACCCCCCAUAUUCCGGCGCUGAUCAACAAGAAACGACCCCGUUACAGGAGGCGUUGGUGAAAAGAUUAGGUCCAAAUGCUCACGCGUUUACCAUGGAAAUCACGCCGUUAGCACCCCCGUCGGUGCAAUUGGUGCCUGCUAAGGAAUACAAUGGGGCCCCCAUUGGUACUAGCUACGACGUCAGAGCUUACGUAGCUGAACGAGCGGACGAGAAGUUGCAUCGGAAAACGACCGUCAGGAUGGGUAUCCGUGUCGUCCAGCGAACUACGAAGCCACCGUUGCCAGCUACCAGCGUAUAUAGCGUGCCGGUGUCAGCGAGUCCUUCUCCUGGAUCCAGAGGUCAAGCUUGUAAAACGAGAGUCUCGUUCAUGGAAAAUGAGAUCACAGAGGACGAGGAGAACGCAGGGCCACAUGCUGCAGUGGAGAAACCGUUCUUAUUGAGCGAUGGACGCGUGGGUUUGGAAGCACGACUGGAUCGUGCGAUCUACGCUCACGGAGAUCCAAUAACUGUGCACGUCAACGUCAAUAACAACAGCAGCAAAACUGUGAGGAGGAUCAAGGUUUUCAUCGUGCAACACGUAGAUGUGUGCAUGUUCAGCAAUGGGAAAUUCAAGAACGUGGUGGCCUUGCUGUCGUCGCAAGAGGGAUGCCCGAUAGGUCCCGGAGUUUCGCUGAGGAAAAGCUACACGCUUAGACCGAUCAAAGGCUCGACCAAAAAUUGGAUUGCUUUGGAAGACAGUUACACGAAGGCGGAGGCGACGUUAGCCUCCACCGUUAUUUGCCCUGGAAACGGUCCAGAGGAUAGAAACGUUUUUGCCAUAUACGUUUCCUAUUACGUGAAGGUAAAGCUACUAAUUUCAACAAUGGGCGGAGAAGUGUCGCUUAAGUUACCGUUCACGUUAAUGCAUAGCAACACUGAUCCGGAUUUAGUGGGCUUCCCGUCCCCGAUCAGAGAACCGAGAGUUUUAGGGAAGCCGAACGAGGAGAUUACAGAGAAUCUCGAGAGGCAAGAGGAUAACGAACAUAAAUAUAAGACAACUAAAUUAGAACCGAUUAAAGAGAAACUAAAAGAGUCCAGGGAUAUCGACGUGGAUCUGAUAGAGCACUACGAGGAAAGCGACAGUACCUGAGACCAGGCGCAAACGACCGAUGCAUCGUCGCGAUCAUCGACGAAGAAUAAUAACGACGCGAGAAACGUGAAAACUUCGAAUCAUAAGAACUGUAAAUUGGGUUUCGAUAUACAGAGAGCUUGGUGUUGCUUUAGAAGAGCUUCUUAGUAACGCGAAAAGAAGAACAACGUUUAGAAAAAUUGACCACGAUGUUUUCUUUCUUUCGUUGAUUAAUUGACGAUUGAGGAGAUUUUGAUGAAUACGCGAGUAAUUAUGAAAUUUCAAGUAUUUUAAACAUUUACGUAUCGUUUUAUCUUCCUUCAUUAACGUCAUGUAUAUAUGUCGUGGGAAAACAGAUUUAUACAAAUUUUAUUCUCUGUAUAAUAUCGAUAGAGCGUAAUAAUUUUUAAUUGCUGAAACUGUCUUACCACAGGUUUGGUAAGGUUGAUCGAGAGACGAUUUUCGCAAUUGAGAAUACACUACGGGUUAUGCAGUUCCUACCCGCGCCAUUCUUAUAAAUGAAAAUCGUACUGCCCUUUAAAUUAUGUGCAAAUCGACGAUUAUCGAAUAAUAAGAUUAUUAAAUGACACAUUGUAAAAUCCAUUCAUCUACAUACUUGACAGAAUCAAUCAUAAAAAUCAAUCUAUAAAAAAUCGAAUAUCUCGAAUCUAUUUUUUUAGGCAGAAAAUAUCUCGGUAUUAUCUCGUAUUGUCUUUUAUUAAUUGUGAAAUGAAUGUUUUAUGUAAUUAAAUAGAUUACAAAAGUCAUUGUACCUU